CCCCAUCCCCCUUCCCUUCCCACCAAAUCACGCUCCGAUCCCCUCCGCCUCCCUCCCGCAGCGACCCGCCACCCACCCGCCGAUCCGGUCCAGAUCCAGAUCCUCCUCCUCCUCCCGCGCGCGCCAUGAGCUCGACGCGGCCCGCGCCGGCGUCGUUCCGGGACCGCACCGGCGAGUUCCGCGCCGCCGUCGAGAGCGCGGCGCGGUACGCCUCCUCGUCCGGCUCCGCCGGGGCGCCGCCCACCAGCAGCGUCGGCGUCGGCCCGCUCGACGUGUCGCGCGGGGCCGCGUCGGUGCAGUCGGAGUUCAACCGCCGCGCCUCCAAGAUCGGGCUCGGGAUCCACCAGACCUCGCAGAAGCUCGCCCGCCUCGCCAAGCUUGCAAAGAGGACAUCUGUCUUUGAUGACCCUACAGUAGAGAUACAAGAGCUGACUGCAGUUAUCAAGAAAGAUAUCACUGCUUUGAAUUCUGCUGUUGUAGACCUACAGGUUCACUGCAACUCACAAAAUGAGAGCGGGAAUCUUUCCAAGGAUACAACAAGUCAUUCCACUACAGUCGUGGACAAUCUCAAAAAUCGCCUGAUGAGUGCAACAAAAGAAUUUAAGGAAGUUCUUACCAUGCGGACAGAGAAUUUGAAGGUUCAUGAAAAUAGAAGACAAAUGUUCUCCUCAUCGGCUGCGAAGGAUGCAUCAAAUCCAUUUAUUCGUCAACGCCCACUUGUCGCCAGGGAUGGGCCUGAAUCCUCAGUGCCCCCAGCACCAUGGGCCAGUGAUUCUGCCUCUACGCCAUUGUUUCAGAGGAAGAAGACUAAUGGAGACCAUGGGGCAUCAUCAUCUUCUUCUCAGCCAUUCAUGCAGCAGCAGUUAGUACAGCAGGACAGUUACAUGCAGAGUAGAGCAGAGGCUCUUCAAAAUGUUGAAUCAACCAUCCAUGAGCUGAGCAACAUAUUUACACAGUUGGCAACUAUGGUUUCUCAACAGGGAGAACUAGCGAUCAGAAUUGAUGAGAACAUGGAUGACACACUAGCCAAUGUCGAGGGAGCGCAGGGCCAGCUGCUGAAGUAUCUCAACAGCAUUUCAUCAAACAGGUGGCUGAUGAUGAAGAUAUUCUUUGUGCUGAUGGUUUUCCUCAUGAUCUUCAUAUUCUUCGUUGCAUGAUUUCUCCCCUUGACAAUGUCACCUCGAAUGUUUUGCAUGGUUGCCUGCUAUGCGUAGUAUAUUCUUUUCAUUUUUACCAAACUACACCAUGUACACAAUUUUCACUCGGAUGAUGAUAAGCAGCCGUCUAGCCCUUUGUGGUCAUGUAAAUUGGGAGAAGCUCCAGAACUGUUCUGUUAUAUUUUUACAACAUGUUUGAUGUACCAUUUCAUGACACGCGGUGGUAAACUAUGUCGAAGGGGGGAAAAAAGUUCUGUCACUGCAAGCUUGUGAAACGCUGAAAGGGUUGUGGUGUUGUGAUUUGUAGACGUGUGAUGGCCCGGCGAUUUGAUGUUCAAA